AUGAAUAGUAUACGGAAAGUAAACGAAAUAAACCAGAGAGAAUUGGCUCAGAAUUUGUCAUAUACACAAUCUUGGCAUUAUGAUUAUCGAGAUACAAAUUAUAUAUAUAUUGGUAAUAUACCUAUAAAUUCUAUGAAAAGUAUAGAUAUAAUAACUAUAUUUUCUCAAUAUGGAAUACCAUCCCAUAUACAUUUCUUUGAUGAUAAACCUACCUCUGGAGGUAAUGGAUUUGCAUUUUUAAAGUAUGAAAAUUUUAAAAGUUGUGUACUUGCUAUUGAUAAUCUUAAUGGUAUUGAAGUUUUAGAAGGGAAAAGGUUAAGAGUAGAUCAUACAUAUUAUAAAUUACGAGGUAGUGAGCAUGAAGAUGAUUAUUUAAUCGAUUACAAGAAUAAACAACAACUGGAAUCGAAACAACUUCGGAGUAUUGAAGCAAAAGUUGAUGAUGAAUUAAGAGAUCCAAUGGAGGAUUUUAACAAUAUCAAUACCAAUACAACCACUUCUAGCACAAUAGAAGAUCCUGAAGAUGAGUUCAAAGAUCCAAUGGAACAAUUUCUUAAGAAUAAAUCAACGACAAAUAAAGUAUCUAAAUCACAUCAUCAUCGUCAUAAGCAUAAUCAUCGUAAACAUAGUGAAAGUCGGAAAUAG